UCAUCCAAAUCCAAAAGAAAGAAAGAAAAUGGGCGUCUUUGGAAAGGGAGUGUUAGUGAGUGUCGUGGCACUAUGGUGCUUCAGUUCGGUUGUGUUCACUGAGGAACUGAACCACAUUAGUGAAGCCCCCGCCGUUGCACCCUCCCCUCACCACCACCACCACCCUUGUACGAAGCCCCCCACUUACCCUCCUGCGAAACCCCCGGUGAAGCCCCCGGUCAAGCCUCCGGUGAAACCCCCCACUUACCCACCUGCGAAACCCCCGGUUAAGCCUCCGGUUCCGCCCCCUGCACACCCUCCGGUUCUGCCACCGGUUUACCCUCCGAAGUUUAACCGGAGUUUCGUGGCGGUUCAAGGAAUGGUUUACUGCAAGGACUGCAAAUAUGCGGGCGUCGACACUCUCUUGGGCGCUAAACCCGUCAAAGGCGCGGUGGUAAGAUUGCUGUGCAAGGGAUGGAAGAAGACGGUGAAAGAGGCGACGACUGACGAGAAGGGUUACUUCUUCUUGCUGGCGCCAAAGACGGUGACGAACUACGGAUUCAGAGGAUGCGUCGUCAAGCUGGUCAAAUCCCCGAACCCUAAGUGCAGCAAACCGUCCAAACUUAACGGCGGAGAUAACGGAGGUGCUCUUACGCCGGUUAAGGAUAGGGCUAAGCGGAUCAUUCUCGUUAACGACGUCAAAUACGGUCUUUUCGACGUCGGUCCGUUUUCGUUCGAGCCCGUUUGCCCUCGUUGAAAGGCUCUAGCUUAUGUUAUUUAGUUAACUACUGCAUCUAUGUUUUUUUUUUUAGUUCGUGAGGUGGGUUUUUUUUUUUGUUGUAAUGUGUUUGGAUUGUGUUAAUGAUUUUAUGAGUAUUAUUAUGGUUAUGUUUAUAUAUUA